CAUGAAAUUUUGGAUUUGUCAAAUUAAAUUAGAAAAGAGAUUUUCGCGGCAGGACGGAUUAUUUGAAUAUAUUUCCUUAAAUAAAUUAACACCUCGUUAAUUUAAAAGAAUAUGGCAGAAAUUACAACAGUGGUCGCACCUGUGAACAUAGCUGUGAUAAAAUAUUGGGGUAAACGUGAUGAGGAAUUAAUAUUACCGUUAAAUGAUUCCGUUAGUGCUACUUUAGAUACUGGUGUAAUGUGUGCUAAAACUUCGGUAUGUGCUAGCCCCAAUUUCAGCGAGAAUGAGAUAUGGUUGAAUGGGCAGAAAGAAUCAUUCAUCAACACACGACUACAGAAUUGUUUAAAGGAAAUUAAAUCAAGAGCAGCUUCAGAAAAAAGUGUUGAUGAUAUUUUUUUAACAUGGAAGGUGCAUAUUUGUUCAGAAAAUAACUUUCCAACUGCUGCAGGGCUUGCUUCCUCUGCAGCUGGUUACGCAUGUUUAGUGAGUGCUUUGGCUAAAUUAUACAAAGUGAAAUCAAAUGUGAGUUCAAUAGCGAGAUUGGGGUCAGGAAGUGCUUGUAGGAGCGUGUUCGGCGGCUUUGUAAGAUGGCACGCUGGUGUGAAACCUGAUGGAACAGAUUCUAUUGCUACCCAGAUUGUAGAUUCAUCUCACUGGCCAGAAAUGAGAGCACUGAUUCUAGUUGUUGGAGACACAAAAAAGAAAGUAAGUUCUACAAAAGGAAUGAAAAUAUCUGUUGAAACAUCUGAUCUACUGAAAUACAGAGUUGAGCAUUGUGUACCUAAGAGAACUGAAGAAAUAUGUAAAGCAAUUAAAGAGAGAAAUUUUGAAAAAUUUGCUGAAAUAACUAUGAAAGAAAGCAAUCAGUUUCAUGCUAUCUGCUUGGAUUCAUACCCACCAUUUGUUUACACUAAAGAAAAUUCAUAUAAAAUUAUAGAAUUGAUUCAUGGCUACAAUCAAGCUUCUGGUGCAGUGAAGGUAGCAUAUACAUUUGAUGCUGGACCAAAUGCAUGUUUGUAUUUACUUGAGAAAGAUGUUCCUGAAGUUUUGUCUCUCAUCAAACACAUUUUUCCAUCUUCAACACCAGAUAAAUAUGUAACAGGUCUCAGUGUUAAUUCAGCAAGUGUAAACCCUGAACUGUUGAGGGGGUUAUCUAUUCAGCCUCAAGAAAGUGAUCUAAUAAAAUAUGUAAUUUAUACUAAAGUAGGAGAGGGCCCUACAGAAGUAACUGAUGGAUCUCAUCUUUUAAAUGAGUUGGGCCUUCCAAUAACUCGAAGUUGAUGAUAGUAGCAGCUAAGGUUGUCACUUUUUAGGUUUUAAACAGGUAUAAGGGAUAACAAUUAUUGUGUAAGGGAAAACAGUAUACUAAUUUUAUUAUUUGAAUGUUUUUUGGGUACUUGAUGUUAAUGUAUAUCUUGGAAAUUGUAUGUGGUUAAAAGGAAAAUGAACUGUAUUUAAAAUAAACUUACUUUAUUUACAUUAUAAUAAAGAAUAUUCUUACAAUAAGAUUUGUCAAAGAUAACAUUCACAUCAUUCAAACCAGUCAUUCUUUACAAAGGAGAUCAGACAAUGAAAAGACUACAUUAUCUUAUAACAAUUCCAUUUAUUUUUAUCCUCACUUGUAUCAUGUAUUCAGCACAAAAAUAAAUGAAACCACCACUCCUGCACUUCUUAUCGUGCAGAGACUGACACCUGCCAGACUCUGAUGAUGUUGUCAGAGUAUCCAGCGAAGAGGGUUUGACCAUCAGUAGACCAGGCAAGGGACAGGCACUGAGGAGGAUCAGACUUCGAAUUCUGUUGCUGAUUGAUGAUUUCUGGUCUGAGCUCUUCAACCAUCUCCUUGCUUUCAAGAUCC